CCCCGCUGAAAGGAUGUGUACAAGCAAAUCUGACGGUGCCUGCCCAUCAUGUGACCUGUGGACGUCAUCGACGAGAAUGCCGCUGAAGUUGCGGCAACGAGGGCUGGCACAGCCGUGCUUGGCGAGGGAGAGCGCAGAAACACUGGCGUGCGCACAAGGCGGGGAUGGCCGAGCCUGUGUGGCGAACGAGGGCACAUGCACGAGUGCCUGGCAUCCUCAGUCGUAACCUCGCCCCUAAGGUAAGGACAAAAAGGAAAAACAAUCGAAAGGAUGACCGAGUCUGUGUGGCCAACGAGGGUACAUGCAAACAUGCGCAGCGCCCUCAUCCUUAACCCUCUUCCUCGUACCUCAAGCAAGGGCGAGGAGGACAAAUGGAAGGAGGAGGCGAGCAAAUCCGCCUGCCACCUUGUUGCGGAGGCCAGCAAGGAGCGCGGAUUUGCCUUCUGCGGCUGCAGCACUGCAGUGAGGCAAGCUGAGACGUCGUACUCUUCUAAAGAGCUAGCAUCUCAGCAGCCGUUCGUACAGGCCUCGGAAGAAAUAGCGAACACUCAUGCCACAUUCAUCUGUCAACGCCUACCCCUUCGCAUUAGAAGUAAAAGUAGCAAUGCAAUAAAACAUGAAAGCAGAGACCCAUCCGCAAGACCAUACCGAAAGUGGCGGCAGCUGCGCAGUUGGCGGCACCCCGGGAGAGGCGGUCCAGCUCGGGACUCGACUGGGGCCCCAAUUUCCGAUGGACUCCCGGCAGGCUCACGGAAGCUGGGGACAGCUGCGCGCCGCUGGCAGCGCCAAGGCUUGGAUCCGCAUGGGGCCCCACUGCAUUGCACCGCCCCCCCGCGCAGGCUCACGAACAUAGAGCGAGGAGUUGCGCUGCAGACAGCGCCUGGGGAGAAGAGAGGUCCAAAUGGGAUCCGCACAGGGUCCCUCUCCGCUCACGCGGGCUGCGACAGCUCCACCGUUGGCAGCCUACGGGAAGGGAGGUCCAGUUUGGAUCCACGUGCAACCCCACCUCGCAAGACCCCUACAAGUCAGCUGCGCACUUGGCAGCGCACAGGGGGAGGAGGUCCAGCUGAGGUCCGGAUGCGACCCCACCGACCAAACGCUGCCGAGAGUGGUGACGGUUGCGCAGCUGGCAAGGUGGCAGCGCUCGCGGAGGAGAGGUCCAACUGGGAGACGCGCGCGGCUCUAGCAGGACCUUCCCCUUACGGAUGCAGCAUUAUGUGACGUAGAAAUCCUACCCUACUGUCCCCCACGCCUGUGCGACGAAGCCUGGAAGCUAAAUGAUCACAAAGGGACGCGAUGGCGUCACGGCCAUCAAAUCUGUAGGGAAUCGGCCCGUGCUGAUGCCAGCGCGGCUAUCGGCGUGCAACCAUCUACUGGGCGCUGCUGCUGGCACUUGCACUCCUUGCUGCAGCCCGACCACGUGCUGUUGUCGCGCCUUUCGUGGCAGACGUAGUACAACCCCUCCUUGCAGAUGCACUUCCCGGCAACGCACUCGGUGGGCCCAACCUCAUCCUCGGAUGGACAGGAAAUCAUGGUCAUGCUAAAGAACUUGCUGCAUAUGUGGCCCGUGAAUACCCUGCUCUGGCUGGCAACCCCCUUCUUCAGGAAGAAAAGUCGGCCUAAACAUAGACUUCUGACGCUCCGCGCAGCAUUCUUGGAUCUGCGCUGGACCCCGCUCCCUGGCGCGCGGAGCGCGCCAGGGGCGGCGCCAGAGGCGCCCCCAGGGGGUCCCGCGCAGAUCCAAGAGACACCUCCGGACCGUCGAAGGAUCAUGCAUAUGCCGUUGGCUCUCCUUCGACCUUCGUCUCCCCCCCCACGCAGCUGCCGUCCAUCGACGAGCACGUCCCUCGUGGGCACAAGCACUUGUGGCCCGCGGUCGUGUUGCACCUGGCGCCGCGCCGCCAGUCGUCGCAACCGAGCAACCUGCAGCGGCCGCCGGUGUCGGCGCUGCAGGCCGCCUCCUGCGGCACACAGAUGCCCUCCUCCGACGAGCACGCCCCCUGCGGGCACAGGCACCUGGCCGUGUCACCGUCGCACUCGGCGCCGCGGCGCCACGGGUGGCAGGCGAAGACCCUGCAGCGGCCGCCGGUGUCGUUGCCGCACCAGGCCUCGCGGUGCUGGGCGGCGCCCAGGGCCAGCACCGGCAGCACGGCUGCGAUGCGCGCCAUGGCUGGGAGAGUUCGGCUGAGCUGCACGUCGAAGGAGAACAACUGCAACGGCAUAGACUUUCGGAGGUCCUCGCGGACUCCUGGUGUCGGCCCUGGCCGCUUUGGCCGCGUCUCCGGCGCCGCUCCUGGCGCGCUCCGCGCGCCAGCGGGUCCAGCGGCCGACUCCAGAGAUGCGCGAAGACCUCUGGAAGUUUAUGUGCAUCC